AUGCCCGCAAGCCAAACCAGAGGCCGCCGAAGAGUUGUGCGGGACGUGCCCAUCAUUCGACAACCGGGACUGAAUGUCGCUGGACACUCAUCAGCAGAUCAGCUGGGCUGCACAUCAGAGAUCCCAGAGUCGAUGGGCAUCCCUGAAUUGCCCCCUCACAUCUAUCCUCCCCCUGUUUUCUCGCACGAUGGCUACAGCUCAAUGCCGCCUAAUUCCCAGGACAGCAUGCCUUUACCAAGGGCAUCACACUUCUCUGGGACAACCCCUCGCGCGCCAGGGCCUGAUCGAGUCCAGCGAUCAUUUGCACCUUCGGGCGAUACUGCGUCUCGGUAUCGCAUGGUGUAUGCUUAUUUACCGCUUCGCGGUGGAGAGAAAUCCCGCCAAGAGUAUACGGAUGGUGUUGUUUAUAGAGACGACACGACGGGUGUACAAAAAUCGACUACACGACGGUACCAACUCCCUCCCGUUAGACCCCCAAGGGAGUCACAUUUGUCGGAUUCGGAAACUACGCCAAUCGCUACUACCUCUCAACGCUCUACGUCAGUCCGUGCAGGUCGCCGGUACAGUCAAGGGGACCGCUCCGGCACCACGACCACAACAGUACCUUUAAUCGACAAAAACAAUUUGAAAAUCAUUAUGAAGGACGCGAAGGACGCCAUCAUCAAAGAGACACUUAAUCGAUGUGGCUUCCACGAUUCGUCGAGUCGAUUAAGUGUAGUACAAGCUGCUCUGACUGAUGCGUGUUCGUCCGUUAUUGGCGAAGAACACUUGAUCAAACUUUGGAUCGACGAAAACACAUCCGGGCUAUAUAAGACCGUCAUCACACCAAUGUCGACAAUACUCAAUCGUUUCAAGCAGUGUGCGCAGGACCUCGUCGAAACCCUAUACCGGCUCCAAAUGUCAAUCUGGGCGGACCCGGUGGUCCAGGCCAAUCACAUCAAGUCGACCAUCGAUUUCCUCACCGGCAACAAUUCCCUCAAUUUUAUAUUUGGUGAAUCAGUGAAAAUUGAUGGCCGCGAGUUGCGGUACCCGUUUGAGCACGAAGCAAUCAUCCAGAUUGCAAAGUGUGCGGCAUUUCGUGAUGGCUACGGCAAAUUCAUCGACUCGGACAGUGGCUUUAGGGAUCUGCACGGGUGCGUAUUCAAUGAUCUAUGUAUGUUGACAAUGCUAGUGCUAGCAGCCACGAGUCGCAAUGACACCCCGCUCUCUCCGAAUUCGGGACACCCUCAUUCCCUUGUCUCUCCCUACCCUGUCAUCUCAGCUUCAAGUCUUAUCAACUGCAAACUUCCUGUCCACUCGCUUAACAAGCUUGAAUCGCUUGCCCUGGAUACCCUUUCGCAUGACCUUACAAUCUCACCUGCUGCUUGGCGCCAGUGGCUGUCGCACCUCCUGCAUACCUGCUCUCCCUCGGCCAGGAUGUUCUCAAGCAUCGGCGAUCGCGUUGAGAAUGGGUCAGCCGGUGGUGGUCUUGGAGAGUAUGAAGACGGAGACUGUGUUGCGUGCUGAGGUAGCGGGUGUCAGAGGUGCG